UGCAACCUUGCUCUAGUUGUGACGCGUCGUGCAAAGGUACAGAAAAAUUUGUGGUCGUUUUCGGUGAUUUUUCUCAAUAAAAGUUUUAAUCCUGCACAAUAAUUGUUUUUUAAACUGUUGCCAAUAUAAUUGUGGUUCGUUGGCACAGUGUGUGGAGAGAAAUCUUGAUAAAUUAAGCCGAACUGUCUAAAAACUACGCAGAAAUUGUUUCUUCACAUUCCAUUUUGUGCUCGAUAUUCGGAGCAGGUCAAUUGAUUCGUUAGUUUGGACCGAAUUUUUAGACACCAUAGUUAAUCGAAAGCAAGACGGUGAAUUUAGAACCAAAGGCGGUCGUUGAAACAUAGAAUGAACAAAUAGGGAGAAGCAGCAGAAAAAUCAGACAAACGCCUCAGCUUGAUAGCAACAGCGAAACGGUGCAGAGAGGCGCAGUCACGGAAUUUGAGUGAAGUUAUAGCUGUAGAGGAGGUGCAACCGCAACGUAAUCGCUAACGACAACAGCAACGGCAACAGCGGCUGGAAGAAAGAAGGUAAAAUAGAAGGGACAAAAUGAGUCAUAUUAAUAUGAUGAAGUUGAAGUUGAGCCUAAAAUAGAGAUUUUGUUACAUUUUGGAUAGUGCUUCCAGUUUUGGGUUUCCAAUAAAGAAGAAAAAAUAAUCCGAAAAAGUGAUAACUAAACGAGCUAAGUGAAAAAAAGCAAGAUCAUUAAAAAGAAACAAAGUUCAGUAACGAAAAACGGGCAUAUCCAAAAUUACAAUAGACACUACAAGAAAAAGCUACGGCAAUAACUCGCUAAAAGAGAAGUAGCUUAAAUUGUUGAUCGCAAUAGCAUAAAAUCAGUGUAAAUCCACCAACAUAAAGCGUUUACGCCAACAAAGGAAAUACGUAAUUACGUUAUCACUUGUAGUGAAAGACCAUAUAUAAAUUGUCGUUUUAUUCCUUAUUCAGUAAACAUAAAAAACCAAGUAAUACGUCCACCCCUUCACUGACAAUAUGCGUGAAUAUAAAAUUGUUGUCUUGGGUAGCGGAGGUGUAGGCAAAUCGGCACUGACCGUGCAGUUCGUGCAAGGUAUAUUCGUAGAAAAAUAUGAUCCCACAAUUGAGGACAGUUAUCGCAAACAGGUGGAAGUGGAUGGGCAACAAUGCAUGUUGGAAAUACUGGACACGGCUGGUACAGAACAAUUUACUGCUAUGCGUGAUCUCUACAUGAAAAAUGGCCAAGGCUUUGUUCUCGUAUAUUCGAUAACAGCACAAUCAACAUUCAAUGAUCUGCAAGAUUUGCGAGAACAAAUAUUGCGUGUGAAAGAUACAGAUGACGUACCAAUGGUGCUAGUAGGUAACAAAUGCGAUUUGGAAGAUGAGCGCGUGGUAGGAAAAGAACUGGGUAAAAGUCUGGCUACACAAUUUAACUGCGCCUUCAUGGAAACAUCAGCCAAAGCUAAAGUAAAUGUCAAUGAUAUUUUCUAUGAUCUGGUCAGGCAGAUCAAUAAAAAGUCACCCGAGAAGAAACAGAAGAAACCUAAAAAAUCCUUAUGUGUUCUGCUAUAAGACUACAAUUUUAAAACAAAUAUAUAAAAGAUAUGGUAUUGAUUGAAACAAAUAAAUAAACAAAUAGUGAGGAUAAAAAAAUGUUUGAGUACCAAGGAUAAAAUUGCGAAAAACAUUGCUGUUAUAUGUGGGGGUUUUCUAAAGUCCGCUAUCCUUCUCGCUGUCUCUUUAGAUAUACAUAUAGAAAUAAAAA